UAUAUGCGCAAUCAACGAGCUGGUCAAGCGACGUUCAUUCCGUUGGACACCAUUCAGGUUAAGCCCAUCAACGACAAGUUCCGGUCCUUUGCUAAGGGUGCUCGCCUCGCCGUCGAUGUGAUCCAAUACGACCCUGUUGUGGAGCGUGCCAUGCAUCAUGCCUGCGGGAAUGCCCUGGUGUGCGACACCAUGCAAGUUGCACAGUACGUUUGUUACGAAAAGGGACAAGAGGUCAAAGCUGUCACUCUGGAGGGCACUAUUAUCCACAAGAGUGGUUUGAUCACCGGUGGGCGCAGCACGCAUUCGAGCGGCAAGAAGUGGGAGGAGAAGGAUGUGCAGGGCCUUCAACGUGUACGUGACAACCUGAUGGGCCAACUUCGAGACCUUGCCAAAGAGAAGCCUCGUUCUAACUCUGAUGAGCGAUUGUUGUCGGAGAUAGCUCGCUUAGAAGCUGCCUUGACCGUUGCACGGGACGAUCUAAGCGCUUGCACGCUGCGCUUGGGUGGCCUGAAAGACGAGUUGAAGCAUGUAGACAAAGAAAUCAAGUCCAUAAAGCCGGAACUCAACAAGGCCGAAAAGGCGCAUGCAUCGCUCCGUGAACAAAUUGAAGAGUUGGCGUCCGUGAUCAACCGCGCUGAAGACAGGGUAUUUGCGGCGUUCUGCAGGAGCAUCAACAUCACGAACAUCCGGGAGUACGAAGAGCGUCAGCUGAAGGUUGCCCAAGAAGAGAGUAAUGCCCGGAUGCGCUUCGAUACUCAGAUUGCUCGCCUGACACAUCAGUCUCGGUUUGAGGAAGAACAACUGAAGACGAUGCGGGAACGCCUCCUCGCGCUUCAAAACAUCGUCAAGAAUGAAAUCACCAACCUCGAGAAACUUCAAGCAUCAAAGCAGACAACCGAACAGGAGCUAAUGGAUGCUGAAGAAGCGAUCGAUAAGUUGAACGAAGAGCUGAAAGCUCUCAAGGAUGUGUUGGAUACCCAUACACAGACAGUUGAACAAGCGAAGCGUGCUGCAUCCAAGGCCAAUAAGACGCUCGAGCAAGCUCUCAAGGAAAUCACUACCAAGAAUGACGAGAUCGAGAAGCUUGGUCUCGAACGUUCGACGAUUUACCGCAAGUGCAGGAUGGAGAACAUCAAACUUCCCCUGCUACAGGGAAAUCUCAAGAAUGUUCCAAUGGAGGAGAACCUCCGCGACGAGAUGGCGAUGGAAGUCGAUGAGGAUGAGGACGGUACUCAACCGACGAAAGUAGUAUCAGACUAUGGCAUAGAAGUCGACUUCGAUCUGCUUGACGAGGAGGAACGUGAGGAUGGUGACCCGAAGCGUGCGGCUGAAUUUGAGUCCUCCAUCGCGAAGCUCAGUGCGGAUAUCGAGCGCAUGACGCCGAACAUGAAGGCGGUAGAUCGCUUGGAAGAUGUUGAGGCGAAACUCGCUGAGACCGAGAAAGAAGCCGACAAGACGCGGAAAGAAUCCAAGACUGCAAGGGACGUUUUCAACGACGUCAAGAAACGCCGGUGCGAUCUGUUCAAUAAGGCAUACAACCAUAUCUCAGAGAGGAUCGACCAAGUCUACAAAGAUCUCACCAAAGGGAAAGCCGCUCCGAUGGGAGGAGUGGCAUAUCUCAGUCUGGAGGACAGCGAGGAACCAUACUUGGGUGGUAUCAAGUAUCACGCGAUGCCUCCCAUGAAACGUUUCCGUGAUAUGGAACAGCUGUCCGGAGGAGAAAAAACCGUCGCAGCCUUGGCUUUACUAUUCGCUAUACAUAGUUACCAGCCAUCGCCUUUUUUCGUCCUCGACGAAGUAGACGCUGCUUUGGACAACACGAACGUUGCCAAAGUCGCAAAUUACAUUCGGGCGCACGCUUCCGAUACCUUCCAGUUCAUCGUUAUUAGUCUUAAGGGAUCGUUAUACGAGCGAGGAAACUCGCUUGUAGGUAUUUACCGAGAUCAGGAUGUGAACUCGUCCAGAACGCUGACUCUUGACCUCACUCAAUACGACGAAUGAAUGCUGCGCACUAUUUUCUGAAUCAUGACUGUCGCUAUCGUUCCCGGCUCUAUCUGUAUCUCGCGAGUGUAUUCUUGUUAUCUCUGUUCGUAGUGUACGUAUGCCAGUCAAAUUA